AUGGAGAAAGGCAGCCCUCUGAGCCGUAUUGUUCGCAUAAAUAAGUUGCUGGGGAAAGGCGGUUCAGCCAUAGUGGUGGAGGCGGAGGAUACGGAUACCCAUGAGUUGUUUGCGAUGCGCAUAAUCCGGGUACCUGAAAAACUAGUAUGGGAUGAUGCAAGUGGGGCUUCUCUUGCCGAGGUUCGGCGGGAGCUUACCUUGCAGGAGGAGGGAGCACGGCAGCUAUGCGGCGUCAUUCCAGCAAGUAUGGUUGCCGCGAAGAAGGGCAUCUCAGUUCCCUUGUUCACUGCCGACAUUGCUGGAGCUCCUGAAGGCGUGCACGUUGGAGGAUAUUUUAUCUUGGGACGCGUACAGCUAAUGGAGAGGCUUUACGGUGCCGUUAGGCGCAUUAUCCGAGAUGCACCAGACGUUGUAUAUGGGGCGCGGGAGUACAUGGCUCGCCGGUUGCUGCAAAUUGUUCUUAAACUGCAGCAGGCAGGCCUCAGCCACAACGACCUGAAGUGGAGCAACAUGUUGCUGCGCUCGGACGGAUCAUUCGUUAUCGCCGAUCUGGGUUCCAUCCUCCCGUUUGGAAAACCGUAUAGACCCCUGACACUGUUUACGCCAGGAUAUCGUGAGCCACAUCUAGCUCUUACCGAAGUUUUCUCAGGGUAUAAGGAGACGCUCAUAAUCCCGCAAGCGAGCAGCGACUUGUGGUCCCUUGGGAUACUCUUGUACGAGCUGUUUACAGAUCGGCAGUAUCCAUAUGGAAGAUUCGAAGCGAAAGACGGGGAUGAUCAAGAAGCUAUGCUCGCGAAAUGGCUUAUUGAGAACGACAGAAGGUCCGCCGAAAUCUUACCCGAGCUAGAGGCUGAGAAUGUACCACCUCUGUGGAUGCAACUUAUUGUGAGAUUGCUGGAGCCAAAAAGGACUCAUAGAAUAACCGCCUGGGGGAUAGUGGAGGAAUUUCCUGACCUAGUACGCAUUCCAGAAUAG